AUGGCCCAGAAAGUGGCUAUCAUCGGGGCAGGGGUCAGUGGGCUGGCCUCCCUUAAAUGCUGCCUGGACGAAGGGCUGGAGCCCACCUGUUUUGAGAAGAGCGACGGCAUCGGGGGACUCUGGCAAUUCCGGGAAAUUCCUGAACAGGGAAGGACUAAUGUAUACAAAUCUGUAAUAACCAACACGUCGAAGGAAAUGACCUCCUUCAGCGACUUCCCGUUCCCGGAGGGCUGCCCCAACUUCCUACAUCACUCCUUGCUUCUGGAGUACCUCCGAAUGUACGCCGAACACUUCCAGCUCCUCGACUACAUACACUUGAAGACCACCGUAUGCAGCGUCCAAAAACAUCCAGAUUUCAGAGCAGAGCCAAAUCUUCCACUGGAUUCUUUCCCAGGCAUCAAGGAAUUUAAGGGCCGCUGCCUGCAUAGCUGGGAGUACAAAGAUGAGACCGAGUUUGAACGGAAAAGAGUUCUUGUUCUUGGUGCUGGGAACACCGGAGGGGACAUUGCUGCAGAGGUCAGCCGCGCCGCUGCUAAGGUCUUUCUCAGCACCAGAAGUGGAACAUGGGUGUUGAGCCGCAUUUCGGAUGCUGGAUGGCCUUUCGAUAUGAUUUUCACCAACCGCUUUACGAAUUCCAUUCGAAACCUUCUUCCAGCAGGCAUCUCAAAGAGGAUGCUGACAAAGAUAUUCGGUCGAUGGUUUAACCAUGAGAACUACGGCUUGAUUCCUCUUGAAAGUUCAUGGACACCGUUAAUUCUAAACGAUGAACUGCCCAGUCGUAUCCUUUGUGGUGCUGUGGAGGUAAAGCCAAAUGUGAAGGAGUUCACAGAGACUUCUGUCAUCUUUGACGAUGGAACGGUAGAAAAGGACAUAGAUGCAGUCAUCUUUGCAACAGGCUACACCCCAUCCUUCCCCUUUCUGGAAGAAUCUCUUCAGAGUGCCUGCAGAAACAACAUGUCCCUUUAUAAGCAGAUAUUCCCUCCUCAUCUGGAGAGGCACAUGCUGGCAAUCAUUGGCUUCAUAGCAGUAACCGGAUCCAUCAUGCCGGCAGUGGAACUUCAGGCCCGCUGGAUCACAAGAGUAUUCAAAGGAUCGUGUAAGCUCCCUGCAACGCAACGCCUGAUGAGUGAAAUUGCUAAAGUGAAGGAGGAUCUCCGUAAACAGGGCAUUCCCAGCGAAAAGGACAAAGUGCGGACAAGCUUCAUCGACUACAUGGAUGACAUUGCCACCUGCAUAGGCGUCAUGCCCAAUGUGCCGCUGCUGCUCCUCACAGAUCCUAAGCUAGCCUUUCAUGUCUUCUUCGGCCCCUGCACUUCUUACCAGUACCGCCUGACCGGACUGGGGAAGUGGGAGAAAGCCCGAACUGCAAUCUUGACGCAGUGGGACCGAGUUCUGAAGCCUCUGAAGACCCGAGUCAUAGACGCCUCUCCCAAACACUCCUCCAUGUCCUGCCGGCUCAUAGUCCUUGGCCUACCAUUCCUUGGUGCUGCUUUGUUGACUUUUAAAUACUUACCUCUUUCGCAGGUUACCCUGGGUAAAGUGAAGGGGUAA